AGCCGGGUGAGAUAGGCACAAAGUUCCAUCCAUUCAUUUAAGCGUUAAGCUCUUAAGAUUUAAACACCGAACAUCGAGCUUUAGCACCAGUCGUACUUAAUCCACAUCAUCUGUUGAGGACCGCUCAACGAAUUUAACUGGAACGAUGGAGUUAGCCAUCAACAUCACCUCAGUUUGUCGAAUUCGUGUUUUACUUGUACCGGUAGGACCUAUAAAGAAAUCCACUUUUUGGAAGCAUGUAGAACUCGUCAAGCAGUUUGCAAUGGUUAGAUUAGGAGACGUGACUCCAGACCUGAAGAAGGAUUCAACAGCCAUGUUCAGCAGCCAGGUCUUCCAAGAAGGCCAGCUUCACUUUCAGUUUCUGACUUCUUAUAGCCGAGAUCAAGCUUAUUUGGAAGAUUUUCAGCCCCAUAGAAGAAUAUUCGGUGUGGUCGGCAUAAUGGAUUGUCAGGAGUGGAAGGAUAAAAAUCUUAGUGAGGGAUAUGAGCAAUUUGUAAAGAACCUCGACAAGUAUCCUACGGCAGUGGCAACAAGAUGUUUCGCAUUCGACCCAACUGAAAAUCAACCAGAUGACACUAAAGGCUUGAUUAUGAUUCCAAACGUUGGCAACAUGUCAUUUUAUAUGAGUACUAUGAUGUGUGACUUUGCGAGCGAGUUGUUGAGCCAGUUUGAAAUGAUAGCUCACCGUAUUGAAAUGCUUCAAAUGCUGGAAUCACCUCUCCAGAACAAUAUGUUGGGACCCCCCACCAAUAUAAGAGCUAGUUUUCCAUCCAGUGCGUCAGUACUACCGCAACCUUCAAUGAGCAGCCCCGAUCUGAAUCCUCCACCGGCAGCUAAUUUAUCUAGCGCAAGAAUGCCAUCGCCAGUGCCCAUGGCGUCUUCAAGCACAUCAUUCUUAAAGCGAUCCAGCACAUCGGCUACAAGAUCUGCUACGAAAUCGCCUGUACCUUCUGAACAGCCUCGUUCUCCUACCAUGAAUCGAUCAUACAGUGCCUCCAAUAUGCUUGGAUCUGGUGAAAUAACCAAAACAAAGCGAAGGACACCAGGACGGAUCCAAAAACUGCUGGCGGAUUUCUAUCUCUUAGCUGGAAGGCUUCCUGAUGCAGUAUCACACUACAAUCAGGCUAUCGAAAUCUGUAAAGGAACUGCUGACUUUUUAUGGCUUGCAAGUGCCAUGGAAGGUCAAAUUUGUGCCAUGCUGCUAUUAGAGUACCUUCAUGCAGACGUUGGGCACAUUGUCCCUCGUGGACAGAUGUCUCCCGAACUUCGAAGUGAAUCACCUACUCACGAACCUUCUGAACAAUCGUCUUCUACACCAUCCAACUCUGGCCUACCGUCAAGUAUUGUUGAAAUUCCUCAAAAAUAUGAAUCUGUCAUGCAGAAAUAUGCAAAAGUACCCAGCACAUCCGUACUGCCACUACCGACACUCGUUUAUGUCGAAGCCUGCAUUAAAGUUGCUCGAUUUCUGUUGACAGUUGCCAUGAACGGUGGUUGGAACGAUAAAGUGGUGGCACUGUUGGUCCAAGGCAAGCUGACAUCUGGGGUAGCUGAAAAUGAACAAGAAGGUGACCAUAUGGUUAUGGACCCAAAAAUGCUUAAAGACAGCGGAGUCACCCGACUAAGCAUAGCAGAAUGGACCAUGCGAGCUGCUGGUAAUCAUAUGCGAGAUAUACCAGUAAUGGACCAGAUCAUUGCCACAAACUGCAUGGUAUCCCUUCUAUCCGUCGUCGGAUUCCAGAGGAAAGCCGCCUUUUUGAUGCGAGAGAGCGUUCAGAUCAUAUUGCCUUUGUUGAUACAAGCACAUACAAAAGUCAUCAGCUCAAAGCAUGAAGAUGGAAGGAACGGAAAACACACUGGACGACAUGAUAAGGGCAUUCUUCUUGUCCUAGAGAGAAUCUGUGAUUCAUACGGUAUCGAAGGCCCCGAUUCAUACACGCAACCCAGUUCAAAAUCAUUACGAAGUAAAUCAGCUUCUCAUUUCGGCUGGCCAGAACUUCAGAUAGAAGUUCUUCGGGAAUGUAUAACAGUCUCUGAGGCUCUGCCAGACUACACUUCCAUGCUUCGAUAUACUACAAUUCUCUUGCGCAAAAUGUAUAAAUAUAUCUCCAAAGACGAACAAAUCAGAUUGGCCUCAACAAUACAAAGAAUAGUUGCGGCUGGAAAGAAAGCGGGCCAUGUCGAUUCCAACAUCAACUACUGGGGUGUAGAUCUCGUCAAAAGCAUCGAAGCGGUUAAACCAAUUGCAAGGAAGGCAGUUUCUCCUCACUCUGUUAAGCGCGAAGUCGCAGUUACAGUCAGUGAUGGCGACCCUUUCAUCUACAAUCCCUUCAGUAACAAAAAGUUACCCUCUCACCGCCACACAGUUCUUGUCACCAACGAAUUUACGGAGUUCAAGGUAUUGCUUUCCAAUCCAUUUGGAUUUGACUUAGAGCUACAGAGUAUCAGUUUAAGUACCUCCGGAGCUGCAUUCGAGCCCACCAUUGCCUCUACCACUAUACCAGCCAAUGCAUCUUUGACAAUACGGCUUACUGGAACACCAAAGGAGGCUGGAAAGAUGAUCAUAAAAGGGUGCCAUAUUAAGAUUGCUGGAUUUUCAGAACAAGAAUUUUUGAUGGAAGAAGCUGUUGAUAGGACAGAGGAAAAUACGAAGACCAGUGCAGCUCACGGAUCUAACGCUGCCGGUCAGUCUUCAUCAGAUGCGGCUGGUUCAGAAGCCAAUCGUUAUGUCUUAGAAGUGAUCCCUGAACAGCCACUUCUGAAGAUUCGAGAAACUUCGCUUCUGCAUGGAGCACUCAUGCUCUUUGAAGGCGAAAUCAGCCAGAUUAACAUCGAACUGGAAAACAUUGGCAACAUACCUGUUGACUUCAUCACGUUAUCAUUCUCAGAUAGCACCACCACUAAUCCGCUCCCUAUAAAUCCCGAAUUACCUGCUGAAGAAGUUUAUGAAGUCGAGUUGUUCACCAAAGGAACCCCUGUAUUUUCAUGGGAAGGAUCUGGCAAGGAGAUUGCUACCACCUCAGGACAAAAAAUAUCUUUGCCACCGGGAGAGAAGUGGAGCCUUCAUGUCAAUGUGUUUGGCAAGCGUCAUUGCAACAACGGCACAAUUCAGAUUGACUAUGGAUACAUUGAUCGAAUUGUUAGUAGUGAAACGCUUGACGAGACAGAAAGCCAAAAGCAAGCCAUGCCAGUCUUUUAUACCAGACAGCUUUAUUUGCCUCUUCUCAUCACAGUAUCACAGCACUUGGAGCCAUCAAAUUGGGAUAUUUUGUAUUUACGUUCACAAUCAAAUGUGGAGCAAGCUACUAUUGAUGAAAGCAAGAAGAAGGACAUCAUCGCGUUGAACGAAAGCAGUAGUUUAAACCCCGUGGAAAGGCUACUACAAUCCGUACAAGCAGACAUUGCCUCAUUCGAUUUUGAUGAAAACAGCAAACAUGAUUACUGCCUUGUUGCCAUGGAUGUACGAAACAUCUGGACUACACCAUUUGACAUACAGUUUACCAUUCGUAACUCUUUAGAAAAUGAUCCAGCUAACGACGAUACUAUAUAUUUUCCCGUCACUAUACAACCAGGACUAACAACAAGGAUUACAGUUCCUGUCCGUCGUAUUUACCUAUCUGCAGAAAAAUUGGUGAAGCCAGUUCCCUCUGUUGAUCCAUCCAAACAGUUUGUGGUCUCCCAGGCACCAAAGGUUGCGCCUGAACAAGAGAGGGCUCGAUUACGAAUGUUCUGGUAUCGGGAAGAGCUACUUAAACGACUGACGGCUACAUGGCGUUGCUCUUCAACUCGAAGGGAAGGUGAUCUGCAGCUUCGGUCAACUUUACGCCUUACACCUACGCAACUAAGCGUCUUGCAGAAGAGCGACAUCGAAUUUUUGGUCAACAUUGAAGAUUCCAGGCGGCUUGCACACAGAUCUUUUGAAGUGCCUAGCAAUAAGUUUAUCGACAUGACCAUUGCCAUUCGAAAUCACAGAGGUAGGUUUACAUAUAUGAAAUAUUCAAGUGGCAAUUAGAAUGCUCAUUCAAAAAUGUACAGCACUUCCGCUGAAGGCCAUUUUACGCGUCCAGCCGGUACAAGAUUAUGGAAAUACGCUCAGGGAGUGUGAUUCCAGUAAUAAUAUUUUGUGGCAAGGCUUGUUGCAUGUAAUUUUACCAGAGGUACGACAUCUAUCCCACUCCUCCCUGAGCCACAUUGAACCAUGAAC